AUUGUCAAUCAAUUACUUGCAAUUCUUUGUGAGUGAGAGAUUAACAAAAGGAGGAAUUUCCCCUUUUUAGGAAGUAAAAAAGCAUAGAAAUGGCGGGUAUUUCUGGUCACUGGGCAUUUGUUUUUGGCGUCCUUGGAAAUAUUAUCUCGUUUAUUGUUUUCCUCUCUCCACUGCCUACAUUUUAUAAAAUUUACAAGAAGAAAUCAACUGAAGGAUAUCAAUCAAUUCCCUACGUGAUUGCAUUAUUUAGUUGCAUGCUUUGGAUAUACUAUGCAUUUUUGAAGACCAACACAACACUUCUCAUAACUAUCAACUCCUUUGGUAUGUUCAUUGAGACUAUCUAUGUUGCUGUCUACCUUUACUAUGCACCAAAAACAGCCAGGGCCCAUACUGUGAAAUUGCUGCUUCUAACUGUGGUUGGUGGAUUUGGUGCAAUAAUUUUGGUUACUCAAUUUCUAUUCAAAGGAGUUGUUCGUGGACAAAUAGUUGGAUGGAUUUGCCUUAUUUUCUCCUUAUGUGUAUUUGUUGCACCCUUAGCCAUUGUGAGACAAGUCAUCAAGACAAAGAGUGUGGAAUACAUGCCAAUUCUCCUAUCAAUUUUUCUAACAAUAAGUGCUGUGAUGUGGUUCUUCUAUGGUCUUCUACUAAAAGACAUUAACAUUGCUGCUCCAAACAUAUUGGGAUUCAUCUUCGGUAUACUCCAAAUGGUUCUCUAUGCAAUUUACCGCAAAAAAGAGAAGCCCAUCGUUAAGGCAACAAUAUUAGACGAUAACAAGAAGAUUCCAGAAUUAACCGAAGAGCAAAUAGUAGACAUAGUGAAGCUUGGUAAAUUGGUUUGUUCAUGCAAAAUUCAAAUGGCCAAUCUACAAACUUUGGAGGCCUAAGUUUACACCUUGUGUAUUAUUAAUCCUUUAAAGUCUAUUCCUGAUAGAUAGACUCGAGGAGCCACGACAUAUUUGCUUUCUUGAAAAUUACCCAUGUAUUAAUUAAGCCCCAUAAAAUGAAGGCUAAUUGUGGUUUCCAAUCAUAUAGGAUCGAAUUUGAUGGGAAUCAAGUUUGUUGUGUUGUAAUUAAGUUUCAAUUAUGUUUCAUUUCUCAAUUAAUUCAACCUCCCUUAAUAUUGGU